UGUGUGCAUGUGUCAAAGGGAGUGUGAGUGAUCCCCCACAAACCAGCAGCGGGGAUGGAGGAUCUCAAGGAGAAUCUGGGAACUUUGGAUUGACGCCCCGGGAAUAAUAACGCGCGGUCGGCCCGAAAAAACCUCAUCGGGGGCUUUUUUUUUCUCGUGGAUUUACAUAUUUUGGAUGUUGUCUGUUUUCACCGUUUACCCUUUUCUUCUGCGCAGUGGGGAUUUACAUCGGAGCUUGCGGUCUCUUCUAUUAUUAUUUUUGGCGAGCAAAAAUGCCAUUCGCCAAACGGAUUGUGGAGCCGCAGCUUCUGUGCAGACACCCGCUCCCCGGCGAUGAGGGUGCGCUGUUCGAGGACCUGCGUGCCAUCAGCAACGUGGUGCUCUCCCGGACGCUGCGACAGCUGUCCGACCUGGCGCGGCAUGCCUGCUCCUUAUUCCAGGAGCUGGAAAACGACAUCAUGAGCACCAACCAGCGAGUCUGGCUCCUCCAGAACAAAAUAGGCCAGAUCCAGCAGACUGCCAGUGCCCUAGACCCCAAAAAGGAAGCAGUGCCGGUGUCAAACCUGGAUAUCGAGAGCAAGCUGUCGGCUCACUAUCAGGCUCCAUGGCACCAGCAACACAACGUGUUUCAUCCUUGUACCCGAGCGCCGUGUCUGGAGGAACUUCACAGAAAUGCUCAGCUUAGCCUCAGAGCUGUGCACAGAGAUGAGCAACAGCAUCAGAGGUCUUCAAGUAGGGAGAGAAACAGGGUGACCAUCUCUAUCUCAGUGGCACCUCCCAUGCCCACCUUCCCUUCACCACACAGCAUCCGACGGCAGCAGAGGAGUCGCCUGGCACGAGCGCAAGAGAGAGUGGAGAGGGAGCAAGAGUUGGACUAUCAACCCAGGAAGGAGAGGGCUGUGAGAGAAACAGAGAUCCAGACCACACUGAAAAAAGAGAAGUCAGUGAGAGAGGCAGAUGUUCAGGCGAUCCAAAGAAAGUUUGAGUGCUUUUACUCACUUGACACAAUUGAAGGUUGCAUCUUCAUUCCAUGGAAUAAAAAGGCGACAUCGGCAGGAGAUGGUGAAGGUAGUGAAGUGUUGGGAAGCCACAGAGCUAAGGCGUCAGCCGCCAGUGCCCCCUCAACCCUGGAUAAGCAGACCAACUGGUCAAAGGAAAACAUCCCACCAUCGGAUCAGAAGACAUCCAGCGAGUCCCAAGCCAUCUCCUCAUGCAUCAUUCCAAUCAAUGUAACAGGAGUAGGUUUUGAUAGAGAGGCAAGUGCUCGGUGCUCUCUCGUCCACUCCCAGUCGGUUCUUCAGAGGAGAAGAAAACUGAGGAGGAGGAAGACUAUCACAGGAAUACCCAAACGAGUACAACAGGAUAUGGACUCAGAUGAAUCACCUGUGGCAAGAGAGCGCACAGUAAUCAUCCAUGCCAACCCACACCAACUCUCUCUCUGUCAGGAAGACCUCUCAAUUAGUGGUCGCCUACAUCACACUCGUGAUUCUGGCUGCCAGACAGAUGAUUUCCUUAUAGCAUGUACAGCUGCUCCUUCCAGGAGACGUAUCAGAGCUCAGCGUGGCCAUCAGGGAAUUCCCUCCGCUCUGUCCCAUUCCACGGGAAACAUUUCCUCCCUGGGUGACCAGUCAGACUCAACCUACACCACGGCGUUGGUGCACGGUGGACGCUUGCGCUCGCGUAGCCUUCCAAGAGAAGGCGGACGUCUGAUGGACAGUGACGAUGACGAUGACAAUUAUGACGAUGAUGAUGAAGACGAAGAACUGUCUCCAUAUGAAACAGAGGACUUUAUUCCACCCGGGCCCAGUCCAAGAAUGAAGAUGAUGAUGAUGAAGGAUGAAGAAGAGAGUACGGAUGAUCAGGCAGCUCCUGAGCCGCUGCAAAUUGGAAGCUUGAAAAGGUUGCAGCGAUCUGGCGAAAGAGACCGAGGUGGUGGAGGGAGUGUCAGCCCAGAACACAGUUGGAUGGAGAGGGGUCGCUCACGCUUGCCACGCAAGACUGACAUGGGAAGCUGUGAGAUCUCAUCUAGCUCUGAUACUUUCAGUAGCCCUAUUCAUUCAGUGUCAACAACAGGAGUGCUCAGCAGUCACGUGGACCACAAAGAAGACCACCAAUCAUCGAGCGGGAACUGGAGUGGUUCCAGCUCCACAUGCCCCUCACAAACAUCUGAAACCAUCCCCCCACCCUCUUCUCCGCCCCUGACAGGUUCAUCGCACUGUGAUUCAGAGCUAUCACUCAACACCGUUCCCAAUGCCAUGGAUGAGGGAUUCUCCCUUGAUCCGUCAUAUCACUCUGACCUCAGACCCCAAGGGCAAGGCCAUAGAUCAAGCUCGUUUACGUCCUCGGCCACAGACCAGCUGGAUGAUGCAGGAGUCAGCACAGCCAGUGAAGGAGAAUGGACAUACCCUCCAGAUCAGGACCAGACAGAUCCGGACCAAGAUACUGACCAGACCCAAAACUUGAGUCAGAUCCGUGGUUUAGACCAGGAAUAUGGCUCUAAACAAGAUCUAGAAGACCAGACCUGUUUUAGUGAUAAGACGAGCAAUUCUGACAAAGAUCCUAGUGGUCAAUACCAACUUGAAACAGAGAGCUUCUAUUUGUCCUCUGUGAAUUUUAGGGAGUGUAAUCAGACUUACAGAGGGUACAUGUAUAACUAUGCAGACACGGGGCCUUAUUGUGGUCAGUCCAAUACAGUGGCAGCACCAUUAUCGCACGGACAUAACAACCCCCAGCCCUUGGCAGAGUUCAGAUCAGGCAGCAUGACAUUAGGGAGGACUUGUCGUCCCCUGAAGAAAUCGAAAGUCAAACCUCCACCACCUAAGCGGACGUCCUCGCUGAGGGAGACCAGUAGUAGUGUCGAUGUCGGAACUGACACACAAGCAGAUCAGGAUCAGCCAAAGAUGGUUAGUGAACAAGAAAUUACAUUGUCUUCCACAGAUAUGAAAUUGGAACUGGACCUUGAGCUUGGGGGUGCUCCAGAACCAUUACAGACAUCAUGUCUAGUGGCAGAGCCUUUGGGAACCUGGGGCAUGGGACUGGGUGAAACCAUGGACAUCGUAGAACCGAUGUCCUUCAGCUCUGCCGAUACGCAUUCGUUUAAGGAUGAAGGUGCUGUGCAAUCUGACUAUGCAGACCUGUGGCUUCACAACAAUGAGCUUAAGUCCAACAACGGUGAGCACACAUCCAUGUCCAACUCAAGCACAGCCACGGGUACCACUGUGAUGGAGUGUAUGAAGUCACCAGACAGCUCUUCUUCUUCCACAGAAACACACAGCCAGACCAUUGCCCAGACUGCAGAUACCAAGUCAACUAGUCCAAAUCUCCCAGCUGGAGACUUCAAACUGGGGUCCCCUGAGAAACUGGCAGGCCUAGCUUCACCAUCAAGUGGCUAUUCAAGCCAGUCGGAAACCCCAACAUCAACUUUGCCCUCAUCUUCGGCAGCAUUUUUCCCAGGACCGCUGUCUCCAUCAGCGGGCAAAAGGAAGCCCAAAGUGCCAGAGAGGAAGUCUUCGCUUUCUUCCCUGCAACACUUUCCUAGGGAUGGAGCUUCCAUCUCCUCCUGCUAUAAGAGAGACCCGGACUUCCCACCUCCACCCUCUCAACUUGAUCUCAAUGUUCUCCAUGGUGGCUAUGUCAGACACACGUUAUCUCACCGGACACACCACAUGCACACGCUCCACCACAGCAAACACAGAGUGGCAAACGUUUUAGCCACUGGAACUAAGACCCUUGCCCCCGAGACACUAACUAGCAACCCACCAACAAGUUCUAGCUCUGCCUCACUCAUUCCAAGCUCAAAUCUAUUACCAAUAACUCCACCUGCUUCUCGUUCGGUGGAGCACCAUUCUGUUGCUCAUUCAGAUCAACAGAGUAUAUCAACCCCACACCAGGAAACAACGAGUGGAGCAGAGACCGUAACUAGACCCAAAUGUCCUCCCAGUGGUUCUACUCUGGCUCCUCCACCUGCUAACACGAGGCCUCUCCCUCCUCGCAGGCCACCUCCUAGACCGCCCUGCCACGACCACACCUCUUCCCCUGAGCAUUCACAUCCACCUCCACCUGGUCGUCAUCCAGAUGGACCUCCGUCCUAUGAGAGCCUGCUGCUCAGGCAGGACCGCUACGGACCUGGAACCCUCUGGGCGAUGACUGCCUUCAGAACUCGAAUGGACCCAUCAUCAGAGCUCUCAGAGGACAGCUCGCCCUUACACAGACCAGUGCCACGUGCUCCCCACCCUUCACCUGUGGAUCUACACACACAUAUCCACUCACACACAGAGUUUAGAGGACUCAGCCACCCGACGAGACACUCUGAGUUUAGGGUUUUGGGGGAGCGCUCAUUUUCCCAGGAUGAUGACGAUGAGGAGGAGGAGGAGGAGGAAGAGGAGGAGCAGGUGAAGGAGCUGCUGAGGGCUCCGUGCUUUAGGGGAGGAAUGCGACCUGACCACCCCCCACCUCCAGCGUAUGAAUAUGCAGGGGGAUCUCACUCAGACUCAGGGCCCUGGGCUAGUCCAAUCAAAGUGCCUGGCAACACAACAGAGACAUCGCAUCCUUAUCUAAUCAGCGAUGGAAAGAAAGGUGGACAUGAAGUGCAAGAAGAAGAUGAGGAAGUGAUAUCAGGUGCUACCAGAAGUGCCCAUCAACAACAGCUACAGGAAAGCAAAGAUGACUCUACCACUCCUGACACUGAGGAUUACUUUAGUAAAGGGAUGUUGUCUGCCACAGAUUCCACACCCAGUGACAAUUCACUCUCCCCUCUGAUGGAUGACACCAAAGUGGAAGACGGGAUUAUUCUUACAUCACCCAACAAGACCCGAACAACUGAAGACCUCUUCGCCAUGAUACAUAGAUCCAAGAGAAAGGUUCUGGGCCGCAAAGAUUCGGGAGACCUAAAUGCGAAGUCUCGUCUAGGCCCUCCAGCACCAGUGACCCCAAACAAUGUCUCCACCGGCACGGGCACCGGCACCGUCCCCGGCACCGGCGCCAUCCCUCCAGCUCCUCCUCUUAACUUCCCAGCUACCUUAGCUAACGCCGUUGGGUCACAAAGAGCUCCUGUGCCGAUCUACCGCAGCGCUAAGAAGUCUAGCACGUCCAACGAGGAGUUCAAACUGCUGUUGCUGAAGAAAGGGAGCAGGUCCGACUCCAGCUACCGCAUGUCUGCGACAGAGAUUCUAAAGAGCCCGAUCACUCCUAAAAUGCCAGGGGACUCCCUUCAGGAAGGGCCCAAUAAACAGGCUGAGGACCCGCCCUCUUUGCUUCAUGAGCCCCCCAUUGCUGGCUUGGACCAAAUCCAGAUACCAGGCCUUUUUCCAAGGGCCAACUCUGAGAGCUUCACCCCAAAAACCCUUUCCAUGUCAGCUGCAUCUCGACAGGGACGUUCUCGGAUCCCCCCAGUUGCCAACAGCAGUCGCUACAGUACACGCAGUCGCCUCUACACAGCCCCCAUGCAAGCCAUUUCUGAGGGGGAGACAGAAAACUCAGAUGGGAGCCCCCAUGAUGACAGGUCGUCUUAGAACCACCUUAUCAGAGAUGUUGUAUAUUCUUAGCUUAGUCUUAUAUUUCAAAAGGCCUCUUCUCCCUUUCCAAUCUGCGUAAUCAAAACACUUGGAGCAGUUCUUGCAAAGUAAAAGCCUGAUUGCUGCUGAAAUGCACCCAUUUACAGAUCCAAGGGUGAGACUGUUAUGACAUACUGAAUUAAAAAGAUUAUGAUCAUGAAAACGUUGGUGAUAUACCUAAUUCCUAUAUUAUCUGAGGGAUAGCUCUCUCCUUUAUAAGUGCAAGACCUGUUCUGGGUUAAUGAUCUCAAAAAAAAAGAAAAGAAAAGUCCCAAAUGUUUUUAAAAUUAUAAGAAAAGAUAUGAUGUGGACUACAGACAACGUGUGUGUGUGUGUGUGUGCAUGAAGAAGCACACGCAACAUCCGCUGAUAUUUCUACUUCUUGUGUUUUGAGUUGUGUGGAAGCGUGUGUGUCACUUGUAGACUGGUUUCUUAUUCAAACUAAAAAUUCUUAACAUUUAAUACUAUUUUAACUUAUGGUGCCCAAAGGAUCAGCAUAACUUCCCGGAGUCCACACUCAAUAUUUCUGCCAACGAGCAAGGUUUCCUUCAAUGCGGAAGUUACUAACUAAACAACAGUUCAACUCAGCACCAACUUAUCUCUUAUAUUUCCAUCUGAAGACCUGGUCGAGAGAGUCCGUUAGACAGAACCAACCUCCUACUUGUCCACAAAAAUGAUUUCCAAAAAAAUUCAAAAAAAUAAUAACAUGAUGCAUGUAUUUUUGUAAAAUUGCGCCUCAGAACAUGAUGACAAGGUUUCACCAUGUUGCAUGACCUAUGUGGAAACAUCCCCUGGAUUCUGGUUUCUAUCACCAUUCAUGUGGUUCUUUUGUAUUGUAUUGAAAAUUAAUCUUUCACUGCUAAACAUUAGAGUGAGAUGUGCCGGCGAUCUAAAUUGAUCUUUUUGGGAUUUGAGUUUCUAAUAAGAGGGAGCAAGGGCUUGCACCUAUUUGUCUAAGAUACAGGUUCAUUUUAGACAAUCGCACAGUGGCCUUUCUCUAACAGAGGUGGUUGUAAGCAGGGCGUUUGUAAGUCCCUCGACAUGUAAAUGGAGUAGUCGCACGUUCCACCAGAAUUCAUUCGUACAUGUAUUCAAACCCAACCUGGAAAUCAGUCGCUCAGACUGACUUAAAGCUUUUCAAGCUGGUGGCCAAUGUUGCCGCUCCGAUUUGAGGCAGAAAAGGCACAUUUCACAGCAGAUACCAUUGAGAGCAGACGUUGAAAAUGCUUUAGAAGGUCUUCAAUCGGCUUGACUAGUGGUCAAUUUGGAAAGGUUUCACAGAACCAACCUCUCUUUUGCACUUAAUAAUUAUUCAAGAAUAUUCCUUGAAAAGAAGAUAUAUCGUAGAAUGAAAUGCAUACAUAUAUUUGUACUGAAUAUAAAAGUCAUAUCUAUAUAAAAAUGACGAGCAUACAUUUUAUGGGGAAUCAAUCCGAGUGUAGCAAAGAAGAACAGGUCUCACUGACAACAUUACACGAGGGGUUCUUAGCAGUGUACUGUUCUCUUCUCCUUGUUGCCUAUCCUUCAUUUGCACUGACCCAGUAGCAUUAGACAGGUGAAAGCUCAAAGCAGUGGAUGGUGUAGACCACGUUCAAUAACCCUUCAAACCUCAUAUCUCACGAAACCUAAGGGACAGAGGAGACAAGAGGAUGAAAGGACUACUUAAAAGUCAGCAAUUUACCUACAUUAUUGCUGCAGCUUUUCCCAUCCAACCUCCGGCUUUAAGUAAUCCGUAAAAUCUCUCUCAUCCAUCCAAUAAAUGUCACACAUGUAAGGUAUCAUAUGUGUUGCAGAAGGACACUAUUAUCGGUAAAAAGCUUGAUCUCUCACCUGCCUACCACAGCAAACACAACACAUAUACUUCUUAUGUUUAGAGACCGUAGUUCAAUUGAAACCAUUCACUGUAUUCUGUGAAUACCUCAGCAAGAAUAUUACUGUUUUAUUGUAAAUGAUAGAUAGAUAGAUAGAUAGAUAGAUAGAUAGAUAGAUAGAUAGAUAGAUAGAUAGAUAGAUAGAUAGAUAGAUAGAUAGAUAGAUAGAUAGAACACAACUGUUUGAUACUCAGCGAAUCUCAAUUGCAGAACUGACACUGUGUAAGAUGGAGAGUAAAAAGCUGUGAACUGACUAGAAUUUUACAUUCAUCAUAUUUCUGAAGCGCACUUGUUCCUGUCCAUUGUUUUGUUGUGUUUUCUAUCGCAUGCAAUAAUCAAAGGGAGAAAAAAAAAGAAAAGAAAAAAGGAAACCACUAAAUCAUUAUUUUUAUCUGCGGGAUGUAUCCAUGAGGAAAAGAUUUUGUAUUUUUUCUCUUCAAAUGUCAAGUUCAAUAGUGUGUUCUAUAGAUGUACAAACUGUCUGGCUAAUUCUGUUCUGUAUAGUCGUGAUCACAAACAGGGGUUUAUCUUGUACUGUAUAUUUACUCACUGGACAAUCAUGCGUUUAAAGAGACUGUAAAGAAAAUGUUAUAGAAGCUGUCAGGAGGGAGAGUCUGACCACUUGUCGUGCUGGGUCCUAGUCGUGCUGGAGUUCUGGAAAUGGAAAAAAAUAUGUUCCGCGACAAACUGCUAAUUGUGUUAAAAGUUAAUAUCUUGGCAAGUCACUUUGAAUAAAAUGUACAAAUUAAAAAAGAAAGAAAAAGAUUACUCUAAUGGAAAAAAGACAUGUAUUCAUGAAUACAGAAGCUUCUUUGAUCUGAUCAAAAAAAUCAUUGUCUACUUUUGACUCAUAGCUGAAUAUUUUUAUUCCCAUAAAAUAUUAUUACUGAAUAUAAUAAAUUAUUUAGAAAAAAUAAUCCAAAUUAUAUGACCAUUCAUUUCGUGUGAUUUUUCCGUACUGUACCUGAUACUAUUAAGGUAUUUCAAGACUGUUUCCUUUGUUUGUAAAAGCAGUGAAUGGAGGAUUUAUUGACACAAUUUGGUUAGAAAUACCGACUAUGAGGCUGCCGUGCAGACCUAAAACCUAAGACCUGAGCAGCUUGGGAAUACAACAACGCAAGAAUCAGUAACUUUUAUAGACUUUAUUCCCAACCUGUGUGCAAUGUCUGCGUGCAGUUUGCCUGACGAGGAAUUAUGACAACAACCACUUGAUAUUUUUAUUCAGAGGUGUACAGUAUGGAAUGUCACUAAAUAAUUUUUAAAAUAUGUGACAGAGCAGAAAAAAUGUGGACACUAAAAAAAUGUAACUAUUUAAAAAUAGUUCCAUGUUUAAAACUAGCUAGGACUUAACAGAUUUGAAUCACUUUUGUAUUUUUGUAUAAAUCUGUAAAUAAGUUUUUGAAGGAAAAAAAUGUUGCAAAUUCUUUCUUUUGUAAAACAAAUCAAUAAAAGAUUAAAAACAAAAAUGUUUUUUUUUUUUCUUAAGUUUACAUAAUUAUUUCUGAGCCUUUGUAUAUUUUUGGGGCAUUGCAACACCUUCUUGUAUUUAUUCAUUAAUUUUGGGGGAAGCAGCGUUACAACAUUGUGAAAAUCUCCAUUAUUCUCUAUCUAAUUCAUUUUAACAGCUCAUCAGGCUGCUUAA